UUGUCGCGGUUUCAGGUAUUUCCAGCUUGUGGAACUCAUUUGAAGAAUCGUGGCGUGCAUUUCAGCGAUGAAUACGGCCAGCAUGAAGAUAUCUUAAUAGUGAAAUUGAGAAAAGGGCAAGAAAUCAAUCUCAAAUGUUACGCCAAAAAGGGUUUUGGCAAGGAGCACGCCAAAUGGAAUCCCACAUGCGGUGUUGGUUUCGAGUACGAUCCUGAUAAUGCUUUGCGUCAUACGAUUUAUCCAAAUCCGAAAGAAUGGCCCCGAAGCGAGUUUUCACAGCUGAAAGAUCAGGAAGGAGAAGAAAAACAGUAUGAGGCACCGUACGACCCUCAUGGGAAGCCGAAUAAGUUUUGGUUCACAAGUAAGCGAUUUCUUUUCUUGGAAAUCACCUCCGAAUUCUUUCUUUCUCUCUUAUUCAACAGCUAUGACUUUAAACUUUUACGCGGAAGUUUGGUCUUUCGGGGUUUUUGA